AUGUCUACAAGCGAACAACCAACACCAACAGCCAAUUCACCAGAUAUUUCUACAGGCGAACAACCAAAAUCAACAGCAAGUUCACAAGAUAUGUCUACAAGCGAACAACAAGCAUCAACAGCCAAUUCACCAAGUAUUUCUAAAAGCGAACACCCAAAAUCAACAGCAAGUUCACCAGAUAUGUCAACAGGCGAUACACCAGCAUCAAUAGCAAGUUUACCAGAUAUGUCAACAGGCGAUCAACCAACAUCAACAGUCAUUUCAUCAGAUAUGUCUACAAGCGAACAACCAACAUCAACAGUCAAUUCACCAGAUAUGUCUACAAGCGAUCAACCAGCAUCAACAGCCAAUUCACCAGAUAUUUAUACAACCGAACAACCAACAUCAACAGCUUGA